CGCAAAUUAGUAGGUAGUAGACCCGAGAAAAUCCUGGCGGAUGCACAUGUUGAUGUUCCAGGAUAGAAAUAGUUAAAAAUAGGUGAAAAAAGGCUAAAGAUGAUGGACAUAGCUGUGUAGCCUUCUUACAUAUAACGUAAGCUAGCUAAAAUAAAACCAUGGCUGGUAUAUCAAGAAACAGCUUUACGGUGGCGGACUGGGUGGUUUUUGCCGGUCUUCUCCUUAUUUCGGCAUGCAUCGGGAUAUACUAUGCAGUGGCAGGGGGCAAGCAGAAAACCACCAAGGAGUUCCUAAUGGGAAAUCGUGACCUGAAAAUCGUUCCUGUUGCUGUGUCUAUUCUAGUGUCUUUCCUGUCAGCCAUUUUGAUUCUCGGAGCACCUGCCGAGAUGUAUACAAAGGGAACACAGUAUUAUCUGUAUGUGUUUGGACAAAUGUCUGCCGUUGUCCUGGCAACUGUUUUGUUUGUGCCGCUGUUUUAUCCUCUGAAGCUGACCAGUAUGUACGAAUACAUUGAGAUGAGAUUCAAAUCUCGAGCCGCGAGACUUACGGCCACAGUCAUCAACAUUCUCUCCUCAUUGAUUUACACAGGUGUGGCCUCCUUUGCUCCGGCCACGGCCCUCCAAGCAGUGACCGGGUUUCCAGAGUGGGGGUCCUUCCUCAUCAUCGGGUCCGUCUGUACAUUCUACACUUUCAUGGGUGGCAUUAAAGCUGUUGUGUGGGUGGACGCGUUCCAGGCCAUCAUCAUGUUCGGCAGCCUCUUAACCAUUGUGAUCAAGGCUACCAUGGAUGUGGGUGGAUUCUCCCGAGUGUGGGAACUCAAUGAGGAGUGGGGACGAAUCAACUUCUGGAACUUUGACUUUGACCCGACUGUUCGCCACACAUUCUGGGCGCUGACCUUUGGGGGUAUGAUUAACUGGGUUGGGACAUUUGGAGCCAGUCAGCAGAGUAUACAGAGGUUCAGUGCCCUACCCUCACUCCGAGAGGCCAAGAUAGCGGUGAUGUUGAACUGCCUGGGCCUGUUCCUGAUGGUGACCACGGCCUGUUUAGCGGGGGUAUCGGUGUUCGCUUACUACGCCUCCAAGGGAUGCGACCCUUACACCAGCAAGGAGAUCAAAAACACAAACCAGAUCAUUCCCCUCUUCGUGAUAGAGAUGCUUCAUUACCCGGGGGUUCCUGGGCUAUUUAUAGCUGGGCUCUUUAGUGGAGCAUUGAGUUCUGUGUCGUCCAACCUGAGUUCACAAGUCGCCACAUCAUGGGAGGACAUCAUCAAACCACACAUGAAGGGGAAGUCGGAGAGCACCAAGGCCUGGAUAACCAGGAUGUUAGUCAUUGUGUUUGGCAUUCUGGGAGUUGGCGUCUCAUUCGCUGUCAGAAAACUCGGGGGAACCGUUUUACAGAUCUCCCUUAGCUUUAUGGGCGCAGCCAGUGGAGCACUGAACGGCUUUGUUGUACUAGGGGCAUUCUUCCCAUGCUGCAACUGGAUUGGGGCCAUGGUCGGGCCCCUCGUGUCCUACGCAGUGAUGAUGUGGAUCGGAAUUUCCAAGUACAGCGUUCUUGGGGUCAAGGACACCCUGGACUUCCCCACACACAGCUGUCCGUCCAACCUCAAUCUGACGACCUUUGUGACCUCUGGUGUCCAUAACUACUCUGUCAACCAUGGCAACCAGUCUCUGAUGGUGACUGGUCUGUCAGUUGCCAUGACAACACCCAUUCCACAGGUCACACAAGAUGGAUCUGCUCUCCAUGAGCUUUACUCCCUUUCUUACCUGUGGUACUCCACUCUGGGGCUCAUCAUUGCUGUGGGGGUGGGAUUACUAGCCACAGCUGUUACAGGUCCUAUGAAGGCGGAGGAGGUUGACCCGCGGUUCCUGAUCCCGGUGUGUGACCGCCUGUGUUGUUAUCUCCCCUGGUCAGUCAGGAGACACUUCUACUGCGGGGCUGAGUACCAGACAGAGGAAAGUAGAGAGAGCAGUCCGGAAGAUAUCAAUGAAUUAAAUUCAGAGACUAAACUGGUCCUUGGAGAAGGUGGUGACAUAGGGGCAGGGGACCAGACAAGUGACAUUCAACUAAAGUCCAUUAAAUCUCUCAAUGAUUCCUGAUGUUAGUGAUCACCAUCCACAGGGGAACCUCGAAAAUAGGGAAAGUGGACACACAUUUCAGGGGAAAUAAGGGAUAGGGGGACUCAUUUCAGAGGAAAAAGGGAAAGGGGGCACACAUUUCAGGUGUGCCCUGUUGGGGGCACAAACAUCAUCAUUUCAAGAGGAAAAGGGGGCACAAACAUUAGGGGAAAUUAUAAGUAAAUGGGGCACACAUCCCGAGGGAAAUUUUUGGGCAAGGGAAAAAGGGGCACACAGUUAACCAUGUUGAAAUAAAUGUGUUUGUUUAUUGUUUUUGUUGAUUAAAUCAAGGAGUGAAUGUUGAAAAAAAAAGGAAUGAGUGAUGAUGCAGAGAAACGAAUCACUACUUUUCACUGAGCCAAAGAGACACAAAUAGAAUGUGUACCUGUUAUGUAUUUUGUUUUAACCAAACUUGUGAAUUUGUUGUUUAAAUCUAGUAGAUUGUUUUUUUCAUCCAACUUUUGACUAUGUUAUUUGAAGCCAUGCUCAUCCCUUUCAGAUCUGGGUCUGAAUUGUUUUGUGUCAUAUUGAAAGCUCCCUCCAUUCUUUUGAACAAUGCAAGAAAAGGACUUUCAGAAGUUUGACACUUUGAAUGUCAAGGUCAUUUGAUUUUCAAAAUCAAUUAGAUGAUUGGAGUAAUUUUCCUUUUUCAAAUCGGCUUCUUAGAAGCGAUGUGUUAUUGGCAUUAUAUGUAUGCACUUAAUACAUGUACAUAUAUCACAUGCACGCUGGUUUUCUUUCAGAUUACAGUUAAACUUGGAUAUCUCGAACACUGAUAUCUCAAACACUGAUAUCUCGAACACUGAUAUCUCGAAUACAGUGGAUAUGUCAAAGUGAUUUGUAAGUCCCAACCAUUUAUUUUUCAAGUAUUUC